AUGGAUUACAAAUCUUCAACUACUGGAGUUCUCAUCCUGCUUGGACUUCUGUUGCACAUGCUUGAGGGACAGAGAAUCCCAGUAUCUGAAGGCUUUAUUCAUGGGAAAGAUCUGGACAAAAGGGUGGCUAAUAAUUCAGACCUGUUACAGCAAUGCCAGGACUCCAAGUACAGCAAUAAUGGGAAACCAAAUCUAUCUUGUGAUGAAGAGACUGAGCCAAUCCCAGGCACACUAUAUGUAACAGAGGAAAAUUACCUAAAUCAAGGCUGGUGCAAAACACAAGAGUUAAUGCAAACUAUCCAUGAAGAAGGCUGCAAGAGCUACACCUUUUUGAACAGGUUCUGUUAUGGCCAGUGCAAUUCUUUCUACAUCCCAUGGCACAUCCACGAUAAGAGAGGUGUCUUCCAAGGUUGUUACUUCUGCAAACCGAAGCGAUUCACCACCACCUCAGUGACAUUGCACUGCCCAGACCUUUUACCCCCAAGGAAGAGAAUGAUGAUCAGGCAAGUUGAGGAAUGCCACUGUAUUCCUGUGGAUGUGGACUAG